AGGUGAUCCCCACCAUAUUUGGUUCACUCCCAUUUCAUCCCCAUCUUCAUUUACACACACAGCACACCAAAUUCACUACUUUAACCCUAAAAUUUCACUACACAAACAACCCAAAAUUCUUCUAAUUUCAACUUCCGAUCUUCAGAUUUAGGGUUUCCGAUUGCAAAUCAUCGAUUUUGCUACAAAUCGUGAAAUAUUUGCAUUCAAGAGAUUUGUGGGGGGAAUUCGAUUUGACCGAUGGAUGGAAGGAGGAUUACGGCGAGUCCACGGCCGUGUAACGGGCGGCGAGUGGUGGCGAAGAAGCGGCGGCGUGGUGGUGGUGGUGAUGGAUUUGUGAAUAGUGUUAAGAAGCUGCAGAGGAGGGAGAUUUGUUCGAAGAGAGAUCGAGGGUUUAGAAUGUCUGAUGCUCAGGAGAGAUUCAGAAACAUCCGCUUGCAGGAGGAGUAUGAUACUCAUGAUCCAAAGGGCCAUUGUGCUAUGGUAUUGCCGUUUCUUAAAAAACGGUCAAAAAUCAUUGAGAUUGUAGCUGCUCAUGAUAUAGUAUUUGCUCUUGCGCAAUCUGGAGUCUGUGCUGCAUUCAGCCGAGACACUAACCAGAGAAUAUGCUUUCUCAACGUUAGCCCUGAUGAAGUUAUAAGAAGCUUGUUUUACAACAAGAACAAUGAUUCACUCAUUACAGUAUCAGUCUAUGCUUCAGACAGCUUUAGUUCCUUGAAAUGCAGAACAACAAGAAUUGAAUACAUACGACGAGGUCAACCCGAUGCUGGUUUUGCUCUUUUUGAGUCAGAAUCAUUGAAAUGGCCAGGUUUUGUGGAAUUUGAUGAUGUGAACGGGAAGGUGCUGACCUUUUCAGCACAAGAUAGCAUUUACAAGGUGUUUGAUUUGAAAAACUAUACGAUGUUGUAUUCCAUUGCCGAUAGAAAUGUACAAGAGAUCAAAAUAAGCCCCGGAAUCAUGUUGUUGAUAUAUAAUAAAGCUAGCAGUCAUGUCCCUCUCAAGAUUCUCUCUAUUGAAGACGGGACCGUUUUAAAAUCCUUUAAUCAUCUCCUUCACCGAAACAAGAAAGUGGAUUUCAUCGAGCAGUUCAAUGAGAAGCUUCUCGUCAAGCAAGAAAAUGAAAAUCUCCAAAUUCUUGAUGUACGCAAUUCUGACUUAACGGAAGUUAGCAGGACAGAAUUUAUGACACCAUCUGCAUUCAUCUUUCUGUAUGAGAAUCAGUUAUUCCUGACAUUUAGAAACCGAACAGUAGCAGUCUGGAAUUUUCGUGGGGAACUUGUGACUUCAUUUGAAGAUCAUUUAUUGUGGCAUCCUGACUGCAACACAAACAACAUAUACAUCACAAGUGAUCAAGAUCUUAUCAUUUCAUACUGCAAAACCAAGUCUGAUGAUUCGCCAACCGAAGGAAAUGAAGGGUCUAUAAAUAUCAGCAACAUCUUGACUGGAAAAUGCCUUGCUAAAAUAAAGGCAAAGAAUGGUGUUCCGUUGGAUGAAUGCAGUUGCAGUGGUGCCAGCACGAGCAAAAGCUGCAAAUGCACAUCAAGAAAACGAGUCCAAGCAUCUAGAAUCACAAGUUCUGUCACAGAAGCCCUAGAGGACAUUACUGCCCUUUUCUAUGAUGAAGAGCGUAACGAGAUUUAUACAGGGAAUAGGCUCGGGCUAGUUCAUGUAUGGUCUAACUGAAGGUUUGUUCUAAAUUUCUAAACUCCCUUGCAAGAUUACUUGAGUUGGGUAGAAACAAAACAAAACGCGAUAUAGAUGUAAUCAAUAGAUUUGUUCUUCAGGUAGACAAGUUAUUUGCUUUCUUUUGUAAAAUGGAACCAGAAUAUGGAUUCUUUUAUCUGUUAUUUGUUGAAAUGGAGUGUAAAAAAUGAAUGGUAUUUAUCUUG